ACGAUGAUUGCACAUAUGACAGAAUUAGUCUAGCUUUGCAAAAUUACGGAGAUGUAAUCGUCGGUAAAUAUUUGACAAGCGUCAUAAGUAAAACAAGAUAAGUUGAUAAGUUAAACAAGUAUUAAUAUAUACAAUUGUGUUUCUUCUAUAAUGGGUUUGGGAGAAAUAUACAAUUAUUUAUUCGUAGAAUUAUCACUCUCAUACACUCGCGAAUGGCCACUCAUACCUUCGCCACUUCCAUUAAUGUUAAUAAUUCUCGGAUAUUUGUAUUUUGUUCUUUAUGCUGGUCCUCGUUACAUGAAAGAUCGACCGCCGUAUGAUUUGAAAACCUUUAUCUUAUUUUAUAACGUAAUUGAAAUUCUAGCAAACAUAUGGUUUGUAAAAGAGCAUAUAUCUGCCGGUUGGUUUAAAGAAUUCAGUCUUGUGUUUGUUACGUGUAGAGCACGUAAUGCAAUGGGUCUUGAUCCAAUUAAAAUAUUUAAUAUGAUAUGGUGGCUCAUGUUUUUAAAACUUUUCGAUUUUGUCGAAACGUGCGUAUUUGUAUUGAGAAAGAAACAAAAUCAAGUCUCUGCUUUACAUGUGUAUCAUCAUAUAUCUAAUGUGAUAUUUACUUGGCACUACUUGAAGUAUAUAUUGGAUGAAAGACUAACAAUUGUUACAUUAAUUAAUUGUGCUGUUCAUAUAAUCAUGUAUAUCUACUAUUUCAUGGCUGCAUGGAGUCCGAGACUUCAACAAACGUUAUUUCCCAUUAAACCAUAUAUAACUAAGCUCCAGAUGGUACAGUUUAUUUUCUUGGUAGUAAUUUUAUCGAAUGGUUUCCUUGAUGCAACUUUAAGUUUCAAUUGCGAAAUAGGAUCCACAAUAUUGAGAAUAGCACCUAUCUUUAUUGGAAAUUUAUUCAUAUUUCUAUACUUAUUUUACAAUUUUUAUAAAAAAAGCUACACUAAAAAAUUACAUAAAAAGAAGAGUAAUUAACACAUUAAGAAAUAAUUUUAUGUCUAU